CGGGGGGCGUGGUGGCAGAGCGCGCCUGGGGCUCGGGCGAGCUGCCGUGGGGGGGCGUGCUCUUUGUGGGCGGCUCGGGUCAGAAUUUGAGCUUCCCGGGGCUGCGCCGCCGCGGUUGGGCGGUCGCCCAGAUCGGCCUGCCGCGCUUCCCGCCCGCGAAGGCCUUGCGCGGUGCCCUCCCUGGCCCGUUCCAGAUGGCGCCGCGAGCCGAGAGGCGCGCGGGUCCUCGCGCCGCGCAGGUCUGGGCCAAGCCAACCCGCAUCGCAUCCGACCGCGUGGCCUUCGCCAGAGAGGCGCGGGGCUUGGCAGACGCGGUGCCAGAGUCGGGCACUCUGGCCAAUUGCAUCGGCAAUUUCUGGACCGACACCUUCGCCGAGUUGUGGGCAGUUGAGGCGGCUGUGUCUGCAGUGUACUCGCGCGCGUGCCAACUGGCCUUCCGCGACGCCAGGGAUGCCGUGCGCUCCGUUGCCUGGGCCGCCGAGCGCACGCCCUGGCCGUCUCUUGCGAGCGCGGCCCAGGUGGCCGCGGGCCUGGCCGGCCUGGUGGCGCUGCGGCUGCGAGCGGGGGUGGGUGCGCCUUCCGAGCCGGCGCUGCUGGUCGCGAAGCACGACUUCAUGUAA